AUGGGUAGUGUGCUCUUUAUCACGAAUCCCGAACUCGGGCAGCUGCAAGUUGCGCUAGCCGUUGCCCACUCAAUUGUUCAGCAGGACGCCAGCGUCGAGAUCCACCUCGCCACAUAUAAAGACGCAAUUGCACCGGGUGUCAUCGCGGCCGCCAGCGCCUAUGCUACGGCCUCACACAGCUCCCCCACACCGCGGCCAUUUGUGCUGCACGAGAUCUCCGGCGUCCCCUGGGCCGACGCAGUGCGGUCACGGUCGACCAGCGGCAAAACCCUGAUCCUGCCCAGUCUGCGACGCAGACCCACGCUGUGGUCCUGGAGGCAGCACCUGCGUGAAGUUGGAUACUUUUUCCAGCCAUGGGACGGCCCGCAGCUCGUCGAGGUGUACCGUUCUGUCCUGGACAUAGUGAAGAGUGUGAACCCCGGUGUCACCCUCGUCGACAGCAUGAACCUGCCUGGGAACGUGGCGUGUCGGCACCUCGGGGUCAAAUGGUGCAUUUUGACACCCAGUUCCCUGAAGGACUGGGCAGGCGGCGAGCAGCCUGCAGGGAGAAUAUUCUGGAAGUAUCCCGCGAUGGGCUCAGGACUAUCAUAUCCCUUGGCUUGGUAUCAGGUGCCCAUCAAUGUAUGUUUAGUCCUCUUGAUGCUCUAUCAUAUGAUUCGGGGAGAAGCAGAAACGAACGAUGUGGCGAAUUACUUCGAGAAGCACACCGAUGGGGCAACAAUCCGCCUAGAUCGGGCCCCAAAUCCAUUUGUUCGGGCGCUUGUGGGCAUAAUACCCGAACUCGACUACCCUUUGAAAGUGAUACCUGAGAAUAUACUUCCCUGCGGACCGAUUGUGCGACCAUCGGCCCCCAUUGCACAGUCAGACCCCGAUCUUGCGAGAUGGCUGAGUCGGGGGCCCACGAUCUACGCCAACCUUGGCUCGCAUUGUCCAAUGAAUGAGAAGCAAGCCUAUGACUUCGCCAUGGCCAUAAGGCUACUGCUUGACAAGGCUCAAACGAGCGGCCAAGACGCUCCGAUGCAGAAGCUGCAGGUUCUGUGGAAACUCAAGAAAGAAGGCAGUUUUGCGACUAGUGCUCCGGGAUGUGCGAUACAUGCGAUUCUUGGCGACGAAGUGAGAGACGAUCUGAUACGUAUUGUGGAAUGGGUUGAAGCAGAGCCUAUGUCGAUUCUGGAGAGCGGACAUGUUGUUCUUUCGAUCCACCACGGCGGUGCAAACUCUUUCGCUGAAGCCAUCGUUGUCCUGGUUGUUGAGCUCAACUGUAUCCGCCUUCUGCAUAUUGGCCUCUUUGCCCAGUGUCUUGACCAUCGCGCAUCUAGAUUGCUCACCUCGUCCGAGUAUCAACUUGCGGCUGACACCAUCCACCUUAAGCAUGAAGAGGUCGUCCCGUCGGGAGUCGUAGCGUUUCGGUCAGCUGCGUCCGAGCCCCGGAAUUAA